AUGAUGGACGACAAGAACAAAGAGAUAAUACACAAUGACAAGCUGUGGCUACACAUUUCUAUGAAGAAAGAGGUUGUUUUCACGGCUUGUGGUUUCUUCAAUUUGGAUUACGCUUUGCUACAUUCGAUGAUCGCCACAGCUACCACGUACUUGGUCAUCUUGGUUCAGUUCGGUCAGCCUAUCUUCCCGCCAUCGCAGGAUCAUAAUUGA